GUAAGACCGGCAGGUAUUCCUGUUGUACCAGUAUAUGAAGAAGAUGAGCCAAGCAGUAGACGCAAAGUUCAGAGGAUAACUUCUCCAGAGAAGUGGGAAAUAAAACAGGUGAGACUAACCUUCGUACAACAGGCACUUUGGGAUUGAGCAUCGUAGGAAGGCGGCAAAAGUCAAGUCUUUUCAGUCAUCUGUUUUUUUUUUUUUUUUUCAGAAAGCGUGUUCAUGAAGAUUUAGAGGACCUUUGUUAAAUAUGUUUUGUGGUUUUCUUCAAACUCCCAUUGUUACAAGUUUUCUAAGUAUGGGAGCAAUUUUUAUGAAGGAAGAGGGGUUGAACAACGUCAAUGCUCGUGCUGUUCUAGAAAGUAUGGUUUAUUGUUUUAAAAAAUAGUUUUAGUUUGUUAGGAAGGUUUGUUUCCUAACUUACCCGAUUUGCCUUGAUGGAGUGUCCUAAACACCCACUUCAAACACUCUACAUAAAAUUGACCUUGUUUAGUACUGGUCAUGGAAUGGGUCUAGAUACCAUGAUGGUCACUGUUAGGUACACGGUCACAAAACGGAGGGACUAAAGAUUUGUUAUUAAACGUCCUAGUAACUGGCACUGCUUACAUGUGUGGAUGGUAUUUUAGCUAAUUUCAGCUGGUGUGUUAGACAAGGCGGACUACCCUGAUUUUGAUGAAGAAACGGGUAUCCUUCCCAAAGAUGAUGACUCAGGCAAGUAAGAGUACUAUGAAUUGGCACAGAAACGUUGACUAGCCUUUAAUUAGCCGGUUUGUCAGUAGUAGAGGGCAGUCUUAAGGUAUUCAUUCUCAGAUCUAUUGAAAGAACUAGGGUAUUCAGUCAAUAGCCGCCCAACGUUAUUAAGGGCCAUUUUGUACUGAAAGAAGUAUUUCAGUAAUACAUUUGUUACAAAAGACAGGUGAGUCCUGGGGCAAAAUACUAAUACUAAUAAUAAUACUUUAAUUAUCCUCUCCACUUUUGGGGCUUUUCAGGGAUAAUGAACAAAUAAUUUAAAUGGAACAUAACACUGAUAAGGUGGUUUAAAAUCCCAGCUGUAGAUUGCGAAUCAAUUGGCUAUUUUACAAGCGUGGCCGACGAUUUGAACUCGGGACUACCGAGAACAAAUCCAGGGCUAGACUUGAACUCGGGGCCGCCGAAUUAAAAGUCCAGCGCUCUCCGUGACAAUCAUCUCAUUUUAUUUUCUACUUUAUUAGCUUCGCCUAUUACUAAACAAUGAAUAAUAAAUAAAUGCUUAAUAGGCAGAGGUGCCACAACAGCGAUGAGCCAAUUACUGUGGUCUCAUAGGUUUGUGUACCGUGUGAAAGAGGCAUGAAGGAGGCUCUGUGAUCCAGUAUGAAACGGUCAAUCAUAAACUCCAUAUACCGGUGGCAAGCUGACAAAGUACAGGGACGUAAUUAGUUGCUUAGAUAGCAAGUGCCUCUUGCUCCGCCCUUCCUUAAUAUUGUCUAACGCAUUCCUCUCACCUUGAUAAUAUCAAAGCAACCUGUUGUAUGAACCUUGUGACUAGCAAUUAUGACAAGCUACGGCCGGUCAACCCACGAAUGUCCUUAUUAUCGCCGAGAUUAAUACAACAUUAAUUUCGUUAUUUUUAUUUAUUUAUUUAUUUUUUUUGACUGGUUUUAUCUCACAGAUGAAGAUAUCGAAAUUGAAAUAGUUGAUGAGGAGCCACUGUUUUUACGAGGGCAAACUAAACUUAGUGUAGCCAUGAGUCCAGUGAAAAUUGUAAAGGUAGGAGAACAGAAACAGUUAAUAAACUAAGCGAACUGGUCAUGAUCUUAGAUUCUUUGUUUGAGGAUUUCAAGCUAAAAUGUCCAGUGAGAAUAACGUUUUUGGCUACGCUCCUGUUCACAACCAAACACGGAUUAGUUCCUUUAAGCCGGUUAGUUUGAGUUUUGGCGUUUUGUGCAAAGAUAGAUGUUAUUUGACAUCUUAUCAGCCAACAGAUUCUUGUUAGGGUUACUGUGUCUCCUUUUUUGGUUUGUGAAUGUCAUAACGGCAAAGGCUUCACAAAUAAGCACCGAGAAAAAAAUAUACCUUUACUCAGUUCGUGUGAUGAUAAAAAGCUUUACAGCAAGUUGGUCGUAAUUAUGUGAAUAGUGUUCUAAUUUUUGGGUCAAACUGAGCUGAACUGGAUUAAAAUUAACUAUCCUCGGUCAUCUUUUGCCAUACUGAGCUUCUGAUUAUUGUUGGUUUAUAGUAAUUUAGCAAACGCGUGCUAUUGUUAUUUUUCUAUUUGUUCUUCCAGUUGCUGUUAAUCUGUUGAACUUUUGUAUUUCGUUUUUUGUUUGUUUGUUUGUUUUUUUACUGUUUUGCCCCCCUUUUUUCGCCCUGUUGCUGUAAAGUUUAUUGUAACGUUAUGUUGAAUGAUGUUAAAUGAAUAAAUUAUAAAGAAAAGAAUACUAGGGGGCUCUGAAAACGGAGCUCCAAAACAAGAUAUGAAACGACUCUCUCAAAGGGAAAACAGAGAAUAUGUGUACUGUAUCGUACAUAGUUGAUCUUUCCCACAGAGCUUCCAAUGUCAUUAUUUUGUAGGCUUCCUUUACUCUUUUUGGAUUUUUAUAUGGUACAGCUACAUUGAUGUCGGUUUGUUGUCUACAAUGUUUCCUCUAUGUCUUGGCCAAAGUUCUUUUAAUGUACAUUUUUCAGAACCCUGAUGGCUCCUUGCAACGGGCCGCAAUGACUCAGAGCGCUCUAGCCAAAGAAAGAAGAGAACUGAAACAAGCUCAGCGAGAGGCACAAGCAGAUAGUAUACCUAAAGACCUUGGCAAACUCUGGGUUGAUCCUGUUCCAGAUUGUAAGAACCUUUUUUUGUUAAUUGUAUGUUGUUAUUGUUGUUGUUUUUGUGAGUAAACAACUUAGGAAAUGAAACUUGCACGCCGAUUUUUCUCACUGGUUAUAUUACUGGUUUUCAUAAAAUCUAAAUUUGUCUUUGAUCAGCAGUGUCUUUAUCGGUUUAUGUCACUCUGAAAUUAUGAUUUACCUAGUGGUUGACCACCCCUUGUAGUUAAUUGAUGCUGCAUCGCCUUUCUGUGGCGUCCUUUCAUUUGGCUUUUUUUUUUCACAGUGGAUGGAAAUAAGCCAAUAUUCGCUCAAGAUUUGCGGGGAGUCGGAUUGGCAAAUGACGACAUGCCCGAGUGGAAACGUGCCACGUUUGGUGGAAACAAAGCUUCAUAUGGAAGGAAAACCAAUUUAUCUAUACUGGAACAGAGGCAAGGAUUACCCAUAUACAAAUUACGAGAGGAGCUGUUAAGGGUAUGUAUAGGUAGCUUUCCUCGACGUAAUGCACUACUUACUUUAGUCACUUUGUUUCGCGUAUGAAUCAGUAAUACCGUAAUCUGCGACUUAGAGAUCCCCUAGUUGUAGGCCCAUCUACUUGUAAACAAAGAAAUACAGAAGACUCUCCCGGAUAUAGGCCCCCCUCCAAAUGUACUGAAAUGAAUUGGAUUUAUUACGACGUUUUGUAGGUCAAUUAAAAACCCGUAAGUGCAAAACGUACUUUGAUCAGCACUGCGGCGGCGGCGGCGGUGGUGGUGGUGAUGACCACCUUGUACCUUGCUGAUUUCUCAGGGGAAAGAUAACCUCAAUGUUUUGAGGAUCGAAAUUUUAUUGGCGCAAAGCGUCCGUUUGGCUGACUCGCGACCACUUCAUCGCUUUAGUCUUCGGUAGUUUGUCCGGUAAACAAAUUUUUUGUUAUUGCAGGCUGUCCAUGAAAACCAAGUACUUAUUGUAAUUGGAGAGACGGGUAGCGGAAAAACAACACAGAUAACGCAGUACCUAGCAGAGGAAGGUUUUCUUUCUGUUGGAAAACUUGCUUGUACUCAACCCCGACGAGUUGCCGCCAUGUCUGUCGCUAAAAGAGUGUCUGAAGAAUACGGCUGUCGCCUUGGACAGGAAGUAGGCUACACGAUUCGAUUUGAAGACUGUACAAGCUCGGAAACUAAGAUUAAAUACAUGACAGACGGCAUGUUACUGAGGGAGUCACUGCUUGAUCCUGACUUGAAUCAGUACGCGAUUGUUAUACUCGACGAGGCACACGAACGCACGAUAAGUACUGAUGUUCUUUUUGGUUUAAUGAAGAAAACGGUAAAAAAGCGACCAGAUUUGAAGUUGAUUGUAACAUCGGCCACCUUGGAUGCCGUAAAAUUCUCGACGUAUUUUUUUGAAGCUCCCAUAUUUACGAUUCCCGGACGAACAUUCCCAGUGGAGAUUUUAUACACAAAAGAAGCAGAAACAGAUUACCUCGACGCUUCAUUGAUCACUGUCAUGCAGAUUCAUUUAACGGAACCUCCUGGCGAUAUUCUCGUCUUCUUAACAGGUCAGUGAACUGAUUAUACAGUGCAUUAUAAAGACUUGACAAACUAAUGAGACUAAGAAAGUCACUACUCUUUUGUUCGUAACCGUUUGAGAUAUGAAAUCUGUUCUCUUGAGAGCUGAUCAGAACCGUGGAGAGUGUGUCGUGUGCGGGUAGUGAAACACCAAAACGUAGAUCAGUGUUAAAUAAGGAAGCUAAAAGACUUUUGAGUCACUAUUUAAUUUUUCGUGGAAGCAAAUUAACGAUUUGUUGGUUGUCUGUUGUUCUUAUUUCGAACCGUGAACUUAUUGGAAGGACAAACCACAAAGUAGUCUUUUACUUAUGAAUCACACGGUCAGUUAAAAGACUUUUAUACAAUCUGUUGAGAUAAAGUUGUUUUUCGUGUAUCCAGUCCAUAUUGUCUGCAUCCAUGCACCCUAUCAUCCCCAGGCUGUAUUUGGUUUUAGUUUAGCCAAUUCUAAGUCGACGCUGGUAAGUUCUGAAUAUACGCAAAGUUGCUUGGACUAACCCCUCUAUAUUGAACCGCUUUUUUUUCAUACAAGUUGAAUUUGGGGUGCUAACGUUCGGCGUCAAAGGCUAAUUUUUGUUUUCGCAGGUGUUGAACGCCGUAUAGGGUAACCCUCUAUCGUCUUUCUUUUUCGGAACUGUGGUAGAUUAGGACUGAAAUGGAAAGAUGUUAAAAGGCGUUUUAUCGUACGCUUAUCCGAGCAACAAUUGGCUACGCCUUCUGCUCUUAAGCAUUUUCUUGUGCAUUAUAUGAAGUUGCUUUAAAUUCCACUAAUUACGUUUAGGCCAAGAGGAAAUCGAUACAGCGUGUGAAAUACUGUAUGAAAGAAUGAAGAGCUUGGGCCCCGAUGUUCCCGAACUUAUCAUCCUGCCUGUGUACAGUGCUUUACCAUCGGAGAUGCAAACCAGGAUAUUCGACCCUGCCCCUCCUGGCAGCAGAAAGGUCUGUGACUAACCACCAAACCUCCAUUAUGUUGAAUAGGCUGAUUAGUUUAAUAGAAAUGAUGUCAUUAUCCAUGCGGACAGCUUGAAAAUUUUGAUUCUUUAAAUGAAUGCAUUAUAUUUUUGAUGCAUGACUUUUUGGAAUGGCAAAAAAUGGAUGGAACGAAAUUGAAAACCCGAUGCGUUUGGAGAUGGUGAUGAAUGUGGUCAUCAGUGGUUCAACUGUAAGAAUAGGAAAAUUAGGGUGACCACGUGAAAGUUCCACACACAAUUGCUGUUCAUAAUCUUUUCAUGUAUUCAUAUUUAAAAUAAUUGUAUGAAGUACGAGCUGUUACAACGUAACACCAGUUUAAAAUGCGAUUUCUUGGUAUGUGGAUAUCUUUGCAGGUCGUAAUUGCCACUAAUAUUGCGGAGACAUCGCUAACCAUUGAUGGUAUAUACUAUGUGGUUGAUCCAGGAUUUGUGAAACAAAAUGUCUACAAUUCUAAGUCUGGAAUUGAUGCCUUGGUUGUCACUCCUAUCUCACAGGUUAUUUAUUUAUCUAGUUUACUUAUUUUUCUUGUUUAAAGAAUUUUCCUUAUGAAAUAAUAAAAAAGGUAAAGUCAGAAAAAUGACGCAACACUUGAAAAUCGAUGCUUGCUAAAAUAUCGGUGGACGCUACCCAUCGUCUUCAUUCAUUUCAACCAAGUUCCGAGCUGGUUGAAAAAGUUGACCAACCAACUCAACCGACCAAAAACGGUUUCUUUGUUUCUUUUUUCCAAUAGAAUACGAAAAAACCUUAGCCACCCGCCCAACUGAAAACGGUUGAUCCGAAUAGGACACGACUGAUUAUGUUAUAAUACAAAUGGUAAACUGCUGAGCGUGUACUAUUGAGUUAUGCUUGCCCUUGGGGUGGAGUAUUGUUAAGCACUAAGAAGCUACGGUCAUACCCGGCUAUCGCCUAUGGAGACUUUAAUGCCUCUGUAAUGCCUAGCAACCAUUUAAGCAGUACCAAACUUUUUCUGUGCCUGUAUAGCCUUACAUCAUGGAUAAUAAAAAAAAGCUCCAUGCUGAUAUAAUACUCAAGGGCUGGGAUUUUUUUAGAAAGUUAUGCAAACCCAACUGUCACCCAACACCUUCUCGUUUGUAUAUCAGCAUGGGUAGUAGAAAGGUCUUUUAUUAUCCACGAUAUCAGGCUAUGCAAACACGUGAAAAGUUUUCUAUUGCUUAAAUUACACGAGAGCAUGAGAAAAGUCCAAGAGUCUCCCUAAAGGGUUGUAUAAUACAGCAAAGAAUUCAGUUCUGUUACUUUUUUAAGAAUACCUUCUCGAAGAUGUAAAGUAGUCCGCUGAGAGGACAUGUGCUUACUGGCAAUGAAUAGUCUGUACUCCAGUAAACAUGAAAAAGAAAAAAAAUGCAAUGCCCGGUACUUAUAAUCCGGAGUAUAAACGAUGAAGCAGUGUGUUACGAGGACAAUUGUUUUCCAAAGGAAAAAUUCAUAUAAUUUAAUAGUUUGUUUCACUCAGUGUACCUUGUUUUUUCAAUACGUUUGUUUUUUAUUGCUUAUAUGUUUGCUGUGCAUUAUGUGUGGAAAACGUAUGUAACAAGAUAGAUACUUUGUCGUGACAAGUGACAACGAACUGGAUAUCCUUCAAAAACCACGUGCUUGUAAAACAAAAUCAUUCAUCAAGGCAGCCACGUUGUGUAGCGACUAAUCUGCACGUGCACUGUUUCAAAAACGUGAUUCAAGACUUUUAGCACGCAAGGUUGGAUCGGCGGCCACAGGCAAAGUUAUACUUUUUACAGAUGUGGUUCGCGGACAUUUGACUUACAACAUACAGAGCGGGGGCUGUGUCAACUAUUAGUAGUAGUUUGAUUUUAGGGUUUUCAGGGUUAUUUACCCCUUUUUGCUUUAUUUCUUUUGACUAUAAAUGUCUUCGAAAUGAUUGACGUACUUUUAUACUAUUAAAUUGUUGGGCUUGAAAAACAAAAAGAAAAUGGGCGAUUGUUCCGAAGAUUAGGCGUUAGCGCACUAGGAGAACAAUAGAAAUGACCUAACGGACGGACUAAGGUAGGCGCUGACACAGAGCUUUACUGGCUGUAGGCCAAUAAGUACAAAAACUAUUUGUUACGUGCGCUGAUUAAAAGAGAUUCUUACUGGCGGCGAAGUGUUGUACACACCUAGAACUGGGUGCCUUAGAUAGGGACUAUUGUUCUAUAGUCCUUGGUAGAUGUCUUUUUGUAUCAAGAGAUUUAGCUGUUAAUGCAUAAGGUUUUUCCUCUGACGGAUGGACAAACAUAUAACACCGAACUGAUGAUAGUGAAUACAUAGCGUUUGAUAGGUAUUUUUUUAACUGCAGGAGAAAGAACAACACGUGAACGAUGAUCACACUUUUGUUCCUAACUUAAAAAGUUGCACAAAAAAAAACGCCAAAAUAAACCUAUGACGUUUGCGAUGACAGAGUAAUUCUCCACACACUGCGCUAUCAAGCCAACUGGUUCGCUGGUUAUCUGUUUAUUUCGCACCGUGGGUUUACUUAAGGAGGCUUUGUGGUUGAACAGUUUUUGGAAAAGGGUGUGAAUUGAGUGUGUCCAAAAAUGGCAGCCACUGAUUGUGCCUAGGACCCAAGCUUACAAAAACGUGAACCUUGUAUAACAAAUCUUUCAUCAUCAUCAUCAUCAUCAUCAAUCUUUAUUUAUACACGAAAUCGUAUCAUUUUACAUGGUCUUCCUAGGAAUCGUGUUUAAAACUAGACUAAAAUACUCUAAGGGAACUAUUGACUAUAAUUAUGUUAAAAAUGCAAAAACUUACAUGAUGAAUAAUAAGAGUUACAAUGGGUCAUGGUGUAUUAGAAAAAUCUUUCCCAUGAAUUGAAGUUUUAAAAACAUUUAAACUAGGCAGUUUUCUAAUCUCUGAGGGAAUCUUGUUCCACAGAACAGAUCCUCUGUAGUGUAGGCUCCCUUUUGCAGACUCAGUUCUGGGUCUGGGGACAAUAAUUUAACUCAGAAUUUCUAAGAUUGUGUGAAUGUACAUUUGAGGUGUUGGUAAAGAUCCGCCUCAGAUACGAUGGGGAAAGAUUAUUAUGGAUUUUAUACAUUGUCACAGCCAACUGUUUAAGUCUUACAUAUUCUAGCCUUUCCCAGCCAAGCUCAUCCAACAAAACACUUGAGCGAACGUCAUAGUUAGAAAAGGUGAGAAUUCUAGCAGCCCUAUUCUGCAGCUUUUGAAGUUUGUCUGCUAGUCCCUUAUUGAUAUUACCCCAUACGGCACUACAGUAAUUAAAAUAUGGCAUUACCAGUGCAUUGUACAUAUUCACUCUAGUAUCAAAUGGUAUAAAAUGACUUACACGCCUUAAGAUAGCAAUACCAGUUGAUCUUUGUUGAUCUUCCUCUCGUCCACCCAACACAGUAGUGCUGCCUUAAUAUUACAAGAUAAGUGUCUUCACCUUUUCAUUGGCAGGGAAAAGAAUCUUCAUACCGACAGAAGUUACCAUUUUCCUUUCCCUUCUUCUGUAACGAGUUACGAAGAUGUCUCCACUGUACCCAGCCCCAACCCACCCCACCCCCCCUUCCGCCGCUAUUGUUCGUUAUCCAUUUCUCGGCUGCCAGUUUUAACAACACUGUGUCACUGUUAUCUUGCAGGCCCAGGCCAAGCAACGUUCCGGUCGAGCUGGCAGGACAGGGCCUGGUAAAUGUUACCGUUUAUAUACUGAGCGUGCGUACAGAGAUGAGAUGUUACCGACCGCUGUCCCUGAGAUACAGCGGACAAACCUUGCUAGUACUAUUUUGUCACUCAAGGCCAUGGGAAUCAAUGAUCUUCUUUCCUUUGAUUUUAUGGAUCCACCUCCUAUGGAGGUAAGUGUAGAAAUCGGCCUUUAGGCGUUUACUUGGAGAAAUAGAGGAUAUUUUCUUUUAGCAUAUACUAAAACAGUGGAUAGUGUUUUUCGUGCGCUCUGAUUGGCCACUCUAUCAGUGAAUAUCCUGCACUAUUCACUGAUUCACCUCCAGUUCCUCCAAGCGAGCGACGCCAAACUCGGGUAAGUUGCGAGCAAAAUGCCUUCCUAGUUUGCUGCCGUAACAAGCAAAGAAAUUUCACAAUUAAUCAAGCAAGCUGUUCCCGAAAUACAUGAAGAAGGUGACGAAGUUCGGUUUGGAAGUUUUAACAGAAGAAGCUUAAGCUUUGUCUUUUUGACUUUGUCUUUUUGACCGGUGAAAAAGUUUUUUGUUUAUCUGUACGGCCGACGUCCCUUGGAUGAACGAGAGUUUGAAAUCUCUUAUUAUGAAGAGACAAAAGGCGUUUUGUACACAUGGCCCUGACUCAGCUCAAUUUAAAUACUUUCGUAACCUUGUCAACCGACAGAGGAAAAUCUGCAAAGGGAAAUACUAUGAGUCAAAGAUCCAGCACCUAAAAGGAGAAAACCCGAAAAGGUGGUGGGAUGAAACAAAACGCCUCUGCGGCCUAAAGACCUCCCACAGCGAUUUAGCUGGCCAGAUUAAAAUCGAAUGAUUCUCAGAACUGCCUUUCAAAGAGCAAACCAAAAGCCAUCAAUGUCGCUCUCCUAAAACCACUCGGGGAGUAUAAACUACCAGCUCCUUUUGAACGGGUUCCUCUCGAGUCCGACUCGCCCGAGAUCUUAAGGGUAACCGAACAGCACGUACAAAGAGCACUGGAUGUCCUCAAUCUAAGAAAGGCCUGCGGACCGGAUAGAACACCCAGCUGGCUGCUGAAAGAAUACUGCGACCUGGUGGCCUAUCUCAUCACGGAAAUCCUGAAUGCCUCCUAUGCUGAACAGCAUCUUCCCACCAUCUGGAAAAUGGCUGACGUGACUCUCCUUCCCAAAAAGAAACCAGUGGUCGACAUUCAAAAGGAAUUGAGACCGAUAUCCCUGACUCCCUGUAUUUCUAAAGUGGCGGAAGAGUUCGUCGUGGAUGGUUUCGUGAAACCUGCGGUCAUGAACAUCCUCGAUGACAACCAGUACGGAGCCAUCCCAAAUUCCUCAACUACAAUGGCGCUAAUUAGUAUGCUGCACAGCUGGUCCUUGGGUACGGAUAGAAACGGAGCCACCGUAAGAACAUUAUUAUUGGACUACCGUAAAGCGUUUGAUUUCAUAGAUCAUAGUAUACUCGUUAGAAAGUUAGAAAGUCUGAGGUAGUAGUAAAGGGUGGAGAAAGUCACGUGCAAGCAAUGGCUAACAGAGUAAUUGAGUGGUCUCGCGAGGACAGGGUCCAACUAAACGCCGAUAAGUGCAAAGAACUCAGGAUCUUCUUUGCUAAAGAGCAAAGAGUCUUUGAUCCCGUCAUCAUAGAAGGAAAGGAGGUAGAGUUAGUUACUAGUACAAAGCUACUACUAAGAGUACUAAGGCCUUACAAUAGCGAACGAUCUAACAUGGAACGACCAUGUAACUGAGAUAACCAAAAAGGCUAGCAAGAGACUCUAUUUCCUAACUCAAUUAAAGAGAGCGGGAGUUCCGAAACAAUAUCUAGCACUGUUCUACGUAUGGUGCUUGAGAUCUGUUAUUGAUUAUGCAGCACCUGUAUUUUCAACGGUGUCCCCCAGUACUUAAAGAAAGAGCUGGUACGGCUCGAGAAAAGAGCAAUAUCAAUAACAACCUCAGGAAAGUGCAACUCGGUAAUAGAGGUGGGGUUAACACCAAUUUUGGAGCAUUAUUACGUACUAUGUAGCAGGCUUUUUGAUAACAUUGCCAGUGAUCUAAACUAUAAAUUGAAGGCGCUCCGUCCACCAGACUGUGACAACAACUCACGCUAUAACCUAAGACGACAGCGCCUUUUUAAUAUGCCAAAGCUUUGCACGAACAGAACAAGUAGUACUUUUAUAUAUGCGAUGUCGAAACAGUCUGGGCUGUAGUUUUAUCCCACUUAUAUUCAUUCUUUAUAUUUUAACAUAUUUCAAUAUGAAUAUGUUAUAUAGAAUUUUUAAUAUUUUCUUAAAAAUCCGUUUUCGACUUAUUGCCUAGGAUUCAUUUGUAAUUUUCAAGUACUGUAAAGUUUUUGUAAAUAAUUGCGUAAUUCAGCCUUUGGCUGCGAUGCAGUUUUAAUAAACUAUCUAUCUAUCUAUCUAUCUAUCUAUCUAUCUAAAUGCAAAUUAAGCUUAAGUCUUGCGUUACUUUAUUUAGUUGACUUGUUCAUAUAUAAGCUUAAAACUAAAUUUAAUAAUCUUUUUUUACAGAAUGAUUUUAAAUACAAAUAGAAUUCACAACUCCUUUUGAAGAAAUUUCCCCGCAAGAGCUAAACAAAUGCCUUUAAAAGUUUUAUUUGUGGGCAAGAAAAAGCGACGGCCGCGCCCGUUGGGUCAUUACGCCACAAAAUUGUAAUCGUUGGCAACAGUAUUUGAGUUAAUCAUAAUUUUUGUGCUCAGUUAUCUCACUGUUUUAGUGGUGGAUAUUUAGCUCGGUAAAUAACCACGACUAGCCACCUCCACUUCGGUGAAUAAUUAUUUGUUAGUCAUUGCUUGUAUAGUAGCUGCCAUUAUUAACGUAGUGUGGUAAAUGUAAUUACCAUGACUACUGAUGAUAAUGAUUGUGAUGAUUAUAAAGGUGAUUAUGAUGAUAAUAAUGAUAAUAAUAAUAAUAAUUAUUAUUAUUAUUAUCAAUUAUUAGAUUAUUAUUAGAUAAUAAACAACAAUUUUAUUCCACUUUAAAAAUAUGUACAUAAUUUACAGAAAUAUUUGAAGUAACAAUUAAGAACUACACAACAUUAAGAAUUGUAUAAAUCAUAAAAAUGCAAUCACUGUGUCAAUAACGAUUUCCCAAAUACAUUCUUACCGGCUCAGGUGCGAUCAAUAACUCUUGCAGGCAGUCCAGUGUUUUUAAUAAUAAUAAUAACAAUAAUAAUGAUUGACUUGAGUGACUGACGCUCUAGGUGCAUGGUUUGCGCCCGGCUGAUGCACAAAAAGAACACCAGCAAAGACUGUGAUAAAAGAGAUAAUAAUAAUAAUAAUAAUAAUAAUAAUAAUGAUAAUAUUAUUAUAUUAUAUUAUAUUAUUACAUUAUUAUAAUUAUAAUUAUUAUAAUAAUAUAAUUAUAAUAAUAAUAACAUUAAUGAUCAGAUAAUAUUUUUUUAUAAAAAGGAGAUGUCUAACUUUGAAAAGAUGUACAUAAUUUACAGAAAUAUUUGAAAUUAUAAUUAAGCGCUAUAUAACAUUAAAAAUUAUAUGUAAAAUAAGAAUUCAGUGUCAAUAUCGAUUUCCCAAGUACAUUCCUCUCGGCUCAGAUGCGAUCAUUUUUGGUAGCACAAUAUCACUCGCACACAGUUCAGUGUUUUAAAUUAAGUCAUGACAAAAAGAAAUUAAUCCGUUCCUGAUAUUUAAAAAAAUCAAUAAGAAGAAUAAAACCUCGUAUUCCAAAAUGGUGCCGGAGUUCUGAGUGUCAUGAUCUUGAGCUCUUCUUUUUGUCCUAGAUCCUCUAACACAAAUGAGUGCAGAUCGUAAUAUAUCUUAAUCUGAUCCAUGGCUUAGUUUUUGAAUGUUACUUUACUUUUUUGAUGGCAAUAAUAAUAAUCAUCAUCAUCAUCAUCAUCAUCAUCAUCAUCAUCAUCAUCAUCAUCAUCAUUAUAAUAAUAAUAAUAAUAACAACGAUAAUAGUAAUAAAUUAGUAUGCUGUUAAAGAUAAUCUUUCCUUAGAGCUUAGUGUGCACAGCUGAUUUGAGUUAGUUGCUUUUAAACAUUUGAACCAGUGAGGAAACAAAAGAACACUUUUUGUCUGUAAUUAUUUGUUGGCAGACUAUGAUUUCAGCUAUGGAGCAGCUGCAUUCCCUGAGUGCCUUGGACGACGAGGGUCUACUGACAAGAUUAGGGAGAAGAAUGGCAGAGUUUCCUCUGGAGCCGCAGUUGUCCAAGAUGUUAAUUCAGUCUGUCCAUCUUGGAUGUAGUGACGAGGUGUUAACCAUCGUUUCCAUGUUAUCUGUUCAGAACGUCUUCUACAGACCUAAGGUGGGCAGCUGUUCUUAUAAAAGCGUGUUAUCUCAUUUAAACAGAAAUACGUUCAGGGAACAUUGACAUCAAUUCAAUUCCCGUUACGACUGAACAAAAAACAUUGAACGAUAGUAGCGUCUUGCGAUGCAAUAAAAAAAUUCAUACAUUUUAAAUUGCAAUAUUGUGAUAAGUUCACCAAAAAAGUCUCCGUCUUUUCCAAUUGAAUUCCUUUCUGACGAACGUGUCCCCUGGUCGGCUUUGAGCGCCAUCAAUUUGCCUGAAAACAUUUAGCGACCGUGGGCUCCUAGAAUCUUGGGUUGCUUAAAUUGCAAAGAGUAACAAAAUAAAGAAGGAAGAAACUUAAACUCCAGCUACAGUUCCUAUUUUGAAUAAACUCGUAAUUUGUAUUAUAUUCUCCCCGUAUUGAAAGCUUUAACAAAACAUAGGCAUAAGGAACCAUUUUGUCUCUUUCUUUACCUCGGCAUAUCGUGCCUUAUUGGGGAAACUUCUCCAACGACUUUGCAACACAAUCCAGCGGACAGGUAUUAGGGAAAUCAAUUAGUUUAUCCACUGGAUAGCGUUAUUCAUCUUUUGAACAACUGGAGCCCGGUGACAAUUUUUGCUAUCCAGACGACUAGUGUCGGCACCAUUCGACGAUAAUCCGACCAAACACGAUCUCAGGACGCUACGAUCAGUCACGUGUACCCGGGGCCUGGAACAGGGUAACCAUACUUAUGACACUAUGUCUUGGUUUAUAACAGGAUAAACAAGCCCUCGCUGACCAAAAGAAGGCCAAAUUCCAUCAGUCCGAGGGAGAUCACUUGACCUUACUUGCUGUCUACAAUUCUUGGAAAAACAACAAGUUCUCAAACCCAUGGUGUUUCGAGAAUUUCGUGCAGGCCAGGUCGCUUAGGCGAGCUCAAGACAUCAGAAAGCAAAUGCUUGGGAUUAUGGACAGGUGAGAUUAUGGCCUGAUAGUGCACAGAUGUAAAAGAGAACUGAAACGCAGUUUUCCUUCUCCAAUGAGUUACAUGUAUUUACAUGGGAAGGUGGUUUGUUACCUCGGCGGAGCGCGAAGUAAAGGAUUCGUGACGCUCAGUAAUGUAUCAAAGUUGACUUUUUUUGACAAGAUUGGGCACGUAAAGUCUGUAGGUUUUCGGUUUUAUUCGGCUAUUUGACGAAGUGAGAGCCGAAUUAGUUCGAGAUAUGUCGAGAUCACUUCAAUUUCUUUGAUUUAUUCUUUAUCUUUUUCGAGGAAGGAAGAAUUAUUAUUUCGGCUUUCCCGGGGUUUGAACCGUUUCACCCGUGUGACCCGUCAGAUCAGAGGAGACUCUAAGUUGAGGGAUUAGCCGAUUGCGCUACUGCGACGCAAGGUGGUUCGGAAUCUGAAAAAUAGUUAUGAAAUGGUGCACUAGUUUCGGAACAAGAUUGGGCGUGCAAGUUCGUGACUUUUCGGCUUGUUUCGGCUAUUUCAAGAAAUGAGACCUGACUACUUCGUGAUAUCUUGAGAUCACUUCGAGUUUAGUCUUUAAUUUACUCGAGUAAUAAAUAGAGGAUAUUACGUGGCCGCGCAGAGACACGAAAUUUCUCUUCAAGUGUUGAAAAACAUCUCACGAGCCCUCCUUUCGAACUGUUUCAAAGUUACAAAAUGCUGCACAGACAUUUUGUUUUUGUUGAGUGUUACGUAGUAAAAUUUCUUUCAUGCGUUGCCUGACUUUCUCGAAGGUUCUCUACGUUUUUGGAUUAUUCAUGAAUAAUUAAUUAGGGCAUGUUUACAUUUCAGCAUGAGUCAGCAGAUUUGCAUCAGUUACUGAAAUCAUAAAAUAUGUCGAAAAGCUACUACUAUUCGGCUGUUUAGUAUUUUCUAGAACCUUAUGUCAAACGUUAUACAAGUUCCAAGCGAGUUCUUUUGACGAAGUAAGUUUUUUCCCACGAGCUGGACUGCUGUGUUUAGUCAAGUGUGACGAAGGUCGAUUUUCAAGUUCUAUGUUUACAAGUUGGCGGACGCCGUAAGAUAUCUGAAGUUCAAGUGAGAGUUUGUUAUUAUUGGCGAGCCUGUUUAGUUUGAAUUAUUUUCAAGCCAAGUUUGUGUGGGCGGAUGCUGUGUUUUAAAGCUCUGUAAAGACUAUGUUCCUUUGGCAUUAAACUUCCUUGUGUUAAUCCGACAUCCCUACGUGCUGAUAGUCAGUGAAUAAUUAUCCUCAAAACAUUCGAACUCAUAACAUUGAGUUUUAGCCAAUUCCAUGCUCAACGUAAUUGACUCCUUACCCAUGCCUUACAUAUCUUUAAUCAGUACAUGAGACUGCUGUGCUGUUUUUGAAGCCUGAUGUGACUAAGAAAAAUAGAGAAUUCUUUUUUCACUGUUUGUUUUGUUAGACUUGUUAUUCACCGCGAUUAACCUCAUAUUUGACUUAGGUUUAAACGUUUAGAACCAAGUCAAAUUUAGAAGCAUUUUCAUGGAGUCAUCAGAGCAUAACCGGGCUAAUAUCUCAGAGACAAUCUGUCCCGAAAUGCUAUUUUUUGGAAAGUAGGCCUCUUGGAUGUUGCUCUUUUCAGAAUAUCCUGACAAAUCCCACAAUUUCCCAAACUAACACCUCACUCUUACCAUAUUUCAUUUCUUACUAUUCCUCCGCAUUUCAGUUCCUCAACCACGACGCCGAAGUGUACGCUCCGUAGCGACUUGUAGUGCAGUUUUUACGUUUGCUCUUUAGCUCUAUAGUUACAUGUACGUGGCUCUUUUUGGCACCAACUCACCGAAGUGUAAUCUCUUUUGCAGACACAAACUUGAUGUGGUAUCCUGUGGUAAGACAACAUCUCGCGCUCAAAAGGCGAUAACAAGCGGCUUCUUCCGUAAUGCAGCAAGAAAGGACCCACAGGAGGGUUACCGCACAGUAACAGAUAACCAGGUUGUGUACAUCCAUCCUUCAAGCGCCUUGUUUAAUCGUCAACCCGAAUGGGUGGUUUAUCACGAACUUGUGCUUACUACAAAGGAGUACAUGAGAGAAGUCACCAAUAUCGAUCCCAAAUGGCUGGUUGAGUUUGCUCCAGCGUUUUUUAAGAUGGGAAAUCCCACAAAGCUGAGCAAGCGCAAAAGACAGGAAAGGCUGGAGCCGCUCUAUAACCGGUAA